AGAGUUACUACAAGACAGAGUGCCAUUCUCCAAUGAAAAGUGAGCGAGUGAGCGAGGGAGAGUGGAGAUAGUGGAGUAGGAAGCAUGAAAAUGGAGGAUAUUCUUGGUGGUUUGAUCCCUUCUUGGAGCUCUGUGGUCAUCCUUUUCUUCUAUCUCGGCUAUUUGGCGAUCGCCGGGUCUUUGCUUCCGGGCAAGGUCAUCCCCGGAGCUGUCCUCUCUGAUGGCACCCGUCUCCACUACCGAUGCAACGGUUUGCUAUCACUUAUUAUGCUUCUGGUCCUCCUGGGAAUUGGAGUUAACAUGAAAAUGAUCUCUCCCACGGUGGUCGCAGACAAAGGAAUUGAGCUCAUGUCAGCAACUUUUAUUUUCAGUGUUAUUGUUUCAUUGGCUCUCUAUGCUGUUGGUUGCAAGUCUCGUAAGCAGAGUUCGUCAUUAAAAGCCCAUGUUACUGGGAACUUUAUACAUGACUGCUGGUUUGGAGUGCAGCUGAAUCCCCAUUUUAUUGGAGUAGAUCUCAAAUUCUUUUUUGUGAGAGCUGGAAUGAUGGGAUGGUUGUUCAUCAACCUUUCUGUCUUGGCGAAAAGCAUUCAAGCUGGCAAUGUGAACAUCUCAGUCAUCCUGUCUCAACUCUUUUGUGGGCUCUACAUUUUAGACUACUUUUUUCAUGAAGAGUUCAUGACCUCUACAUGGGACAUCAUUGCUGAGAGAUUGGGCUUCAUGUUGGUCUUUGGAGAUUUAGUUUUUAUUCCUUUCACUUUUAGUAUUCAGGGGUGGUGGCUUCUGAAGAAUGAAGUGAUUCUAUCAAAAGUGGCUGUCAUCGCCAACUGCCUAGUUUUUCUUGUUGGUUAUUGUGUAUUUAGAGGAGCUAAUAAACAAAAGCACAUAUUUAAGAAGAAUCCUAAAGCUCCCAUUUGGGGAAAGGCCCCAAAAGUUGUAGGGGGAAAGUUGCUUGUUUCUGGCUACUGGGGAGUUUCAAGGCACUGUAAUUAUCUUGGGGACUUGCUGCUUGCUCUUUCUUUCAGUUUGCCAUGUGGGGCCAGUUCUCCGAUCCCAUACUUUUAUCCUAUCUAUCUUCUUAUACUCCUGAUUUGGAGGGAGAGAAGGGAUGAAGAAAGGUGCUCGCAAAAGUAUAAAGAAGUAUGGGUUGAAUACUGCAAACUGGUGCCCUGGAGGAUACUGCCUUAUGUCUAUUAGAAACUCUUCUUGGCAUAAUUUACUGGUCCAUUAGCUGAGAUCUGAGUCAAAUUGAUGUUAUGGUGUGAAUGGGACACUGAAUGGGAACUCACUGGGCAAGCCGCAUGCAUUCAUCAGUAUCUUAAUGCAAUUCUGCUUGAGGAUGUACUUAUUGUGUAUGACACCCUAGUAUAAAUUUGCAUGAAACGAAAGCAAUGGCUAGCCAAACUAUUCUGGUUUGGUUUCAGGCUUAAUUUUUAAUUUUUGCGUUUUUUUCA